CGCAUCCACGCCAGACCGGCACUUUGCCCAUUCGCGCGCCGGUACUUGGCUUGAAUGUCACGCCACGGUGCCAUUGGUCUCGUGUCCCCCAGGGCAUGCCUCGCAGCCCGGGCGGUACUCGUCCGCCCUGGGCUUAUCAACACUACCGCCCGCCCUAGGGGCACUCCGGAGGGCGGCAACCACCACCUCUGCCGCCCGCGCGACCAGAUGCUCCAGAACAACCCCUGCCCGAGGCACCUCAACGGCUUCGUCGACUUGGCGAUUCAUGGACAAGGAUCGUCUGACGGUGGACCUGGCCGCCAAGACACUUGCCCCAAAUUAGGCAAGUCGUCCUCAGAGGCAACCAUGGCGAGGCUAGGAUGGAGUUAAGCGAUCUCCCGCUCACCCAGGAGCCUGCCCGCCUAGGCCGAAUUAGCACAGCGGGAGCAACAAUGCGAUUGUCUCGACGAUGACUCCCGAGC